AUGCUAUAUUUAACCGCACAUCCUGGUCGUCCAGUUCUGAUUUACACGGCCGGGCCGCUCUGCCCUAUCUCCCGCCCGAUAAAGGUCCAGAUUCUCCAGCCUGUCCAUCCUGAUUUCGUGGACAAGCUGCUCCCCGAGUACCUGGCUUUCCACAAUGCUAAUAGCUUGUACGCGCCCAACGUCCACACUCUGCCAUGGAACCCUACCGUUCGUCAGAAGCCCCCGGUGGCGGGUGGUUCCGAGCCUCUGAAGGUCGGUACUGUGGAGGAUAUUGCUCUCAGCAAGUGCACCAUGCGUGUCUUCACACCGGAAGGCAAUCCACCAUCUGAGGGCUGGCCCGUGUUCCUGUUCUUCCAUGGAGGUGGCUGGACGUUAGGGAAUAUCAACACUGAGAAUGCUUUCUCCACGAACAUGUGCAAGCGUGCGAACUGUGUUGUGGUCUCGGUCGACUAUCGGCUAGGACCAGAGGAGCCAUACCCUGCCGCUGUAGAGGACGCCGUAGAAGCUCUUCGAUGGAUUUAUGAGAAAGGCAAAGAAUGCCUCAGGGUCAACGUCCAGAAGUUUGCUGUUGGUGGUUCUUCGAGCGGAGCCAACCUUGCCGCCGUGAUCACGCAUAAGGCUGCUCUCAUGACCCCUUCGAUUUCCCUGACUUUCCAGGUCCUUGUUGUCCCGGUUGUCGACAACACUGCGACCUCCUCCAGAGAUCCGUAUCCUUCUUGGAAGGAAAAUGCCAACACGGUAUCGCUUGUGCCGGACAAGAUGAUCUGGUUCCGCAAAAACUAUUCGCCGAACGAAGAGGACUGGACCAAGUGGGAUAACUCCCCCAUCUUCGCACCAGAGGAAACGUUUAAGAAGUGCCCGAAUGCAUGGAUAGGAGUCGCUGAGUUGGAUAUUUUAAGAGAUGAAGGCAUCGCGUACGGUGAGAAGCUGAGAAAGGCCGGAGCCGAGGUGGAGACGAGGGUUUACUUGGGAUCGCCACAUCCGAUCAUGGCUAUGGAUGGGUAA